AUGGGCUCUGCAAAAACGGCUCACUCGCGGUCGCGGGUCUUUGCAUCAGUCCUUCCGUGUUUCGCGGCGGUCGUCGUCGCUCUCCUUCCGCGUGUCGUCCAGGCUGUGACGGUGCCUCUCGCCGACUCCCAAGCGGCGGCGCUGAAGGAGUGCGCGACGGAAUGGGGGAUGAGCGCGGCGGGGUGGGCGCAAGGCGCGGCGUGCGCGGCGGAGACAAUCACGUGCGACGGCGACGGCAUGGUCAAGUCGCUGACUCUGUUUUUUAAGAACCUCACCGGCUCCAUCCCCCUCGCCCUCACCGCGCUCUCCCGCCUGGAAUCGCUGAGGCUGGCCGACAACCACCUCACGGGUCCUGUCUUCACUGUCCUUGCACAAAUGCCAUCGCUCCUCGAACUCGAGCUCUAUAGCAACAACUUCACAGGGCCCGUUCCUCUCACCGUCUCGCGCCUGCAGAAACUGUCGCAUCUUGAUCUAAAGUCCAACAACUUUCACGGGCCGCUGCCGCAAGCCUUCACCCGCCUCACUGCCCUCACCCACCUGCGCAUAGCAGAGAUGGGCCUCUCUGGCCCGCUGCUCCAUGCCAUCACCGCCCUCUCCUCCCUUAAUUUGCUCGAUGCAUCGGGCAACAACAUCUCAGGAAGCAUUCCGGCCACCAUUUCUGCCCUCUCCAGCCUUGAAUACCUGAUGCUGGGUCAGAACAGCCACCUCUCAGGCUCUCUGCCCAGCACCCUCUCUCGCCUCACCACCCUCAAAGAGCUGUCAGCCCAACCCCCCCCACUCGCUCCUCCUUAUCAUCCACACCUGUCCGCUCCUCCUCCCACACACCUGUCCUCUCCUCUCCCCCGCUCCUCCCCUUUGCCCCCAUGCUUCGAUUCGACUCUUCACUUCGCCCCUCUGCACCACCUCUCACCACUCUGCCUGCCUUGCACCGCCUCCUGUAGCACCUGUUGUCUCCCCUCUCAUGCACCCCACCAUCUCCCCCCACACCCUCGCCUGCCUCUCUCUCGUCCUUCUCUGCUGCUGCCCUGCCCCCCCGUUCUCCUCUUCUCCUCUCCUCUCCUUCUCCUUCUCUUCCUCCCUCCACUCCUCCUCCUUUCCCUCCCUCCUCUUUUUCUCCUCCUCUUCCUCCCUCCACUCCUUUUCCUCCUCUUCCUCUCUCUACUCUUUCACGAUCAACACUCUCUGCCUCUCCCCCUCUCCCCGCUCUCUCUCCGCUCACUAGCUCAUGUCCCAACCCAUGCCACUGCCUAUGCUGCUACAAUGCCUUCUGACUCCCUGCUUUGCUUGCCAUCCCUCAUCUCCCUCCUCUCCUCGUACCUCAUCUCACUUCCCCGCUCCUCGUUUCAUCUUCUCCCCUCCUCAACCCAUCGUCUCCCCUCCCUUAUCCUCCUCCCCCUCCCCACCCCCCCUUGCAGCACACUGGGGGACACGGCUAUUUCAGGCGAGCUGCCUCGCUUCCUCACUGCCCUCACCCGACUCGUCUCAUUGUGCGCCCCUCCCCACCUGCUGCGCUCCUCCCCACCCUCUGCGCCCCUCCCCACCUGCUGCGCUCCUCCCCACCCUCUGCGCUCCUCCCCACCCUCUGCGUCCCUCCCCACUCUUUGCGCCCCUCCCCACCCUCCGCGCUCCUCUCUCUGUCCCUCCCUGCACCGCUCUCCGCCCCUCUGCAACCGUUGCAUCUCCAGUCGGUGUCAUCUCAACCGCAUACCAUCGCUUCCAACCCAUUCACCCCUCAACUCACACCUUGCCUCCUACGUCUCAAUAGUCCCUCCUCCCUUCCCCCCCUCUCUGUCUCCGUUUCCCAACCCUCAUCCCUUUCAUGGGUGCAGUGGUGGUGGUGCUGCUGCUGCUGCUGGCGGUGGGGUGGGGGGUGUGGAGGUGGAGGAAGGGGAGGGAGCAGACGGGGGAGGAUUCGACACCCCUUUAUCAACAACCACACCUCUGCUAAAGCGCACACCCGCCUGCCCUCACAUCCCCCUGGCUGACAUUCUCCGGGCCACUGAUGGGUGGGCGGAGGAACGGAGGGUGGGGGGAGGCAGGUGGGGUGACGUGUACCGGGGGGUAUGGGUGGAGGAGGAGGAAGCAGGGGAUGAGGAGAAGCAUGGGGGGAAGGAUGGGGGGAAGGAUGGGAAGCAGCAAGGGGGAGAGGUGCAGGGGGGGUCUCAGGUGAAGCGGGAGGGGAGCAGCAAGGGGGGAGGUUCACAGGGGAAGCGGGACGGGAGCAGCAGGGGGGAAGUUGCACAGGGGAAGCAGGUGUCUGGGUCAGGGACAAAAAAGCUUUCAUGGAGGCGGGGGGAAAAGUGGGCAGUGAAGCGCAUGAGGGGAGGGAUGCAUGGGGCAGAGAGCGCGGAGCUUGAGGCUCAUGUGGCAGGCUUGGCUUCCCUUGUGCACCCCAACGUGCUUGGGCUUGUGGCCUGGUGCUGCUUCCCUGUAGCGGGGGAGGGGGCAGGGGAGGGGGAGCGGGAGGGGGAGGAGGAGGAGGCGGUGGGGGGGGAGGGGGGGAAUCAGCUGGUGUUGGUGUAUAAGUGGAUGGAGCGGGGCAGCCUGCAGGCAGCACUGCAGCCAGGCGGCACGCCCUUGUCGCUGCAGCAGCGGGUGGACGUGGCAGUGGGCGUGCUACUGGCACUCAAGGCGGUGCAGAGCCAUGGGCAGGUGCAUGGCGACCUCAAGCCCAGCAACGUGCUGCUUAGCCCUGCCUUUGAGGCGCGAGUGGUUGACUGGAGUGUGGUGUGCAUGGGGCAGCGCGUGCAUGUGGACAUGGGCAACAGUGGCUCAGAAGGGCAGCGGAAAGGCGUUGGCAAGAAAGGCUUGGCAAGGAUAGUGUCCCUGCCAAGUGGAGACAGAGGCACCAGCAGCAGCAAUGGCAAGGAUGGUGGCAACAGUGGGUAUUCAUGGGGGGCCGGUAGGAGUGGCAGCAGCAUCAGCAGCAGCAGCAGAGACGAGCAGAAGGUGUAUUUGCUGCGGUGCACGGAAGGACACGUCGAUCCGGCUGUUGUGCACACCGGCAUUGCCACUCCCACCAGUGACAUGUACAGCAUGUUGCCAUCGCUCCACAUCAGCAUGUUGCCAUCGCUCCACAUCAGCAUGUUGCCAUCGUUUAUAUUGGUGUGCUGGCUGCCUGGCUCGCCUGCACAAACUACCACCUUCCCACUCCCUCUUUUCCACCCUGUCUCCUCCACCUCUCCACCUGCCGUCUCCCCUCCCUCUCCCCAUCUCCGCCCCUUCUGA